GUGUGUCAUUAUGUCAUAUCACUAGUGGUAUUUCAUGAAUAAUUAUAAAUUUAUAAAUCCUCGCUUCAGCCAUGAGCCAAGGCUAUUGCCUAUUUGACGACUGACGUAUUACUUACUGUAGACUUAUUUCUAGUCGCAUCUAACUUGAAUUACUAAUGCUAUAAGUCACGUUUACUCUAUUCCAAACAAUAAAUUUAUAACAAAAAGAGCAAACAGUAUUACAGUAACUGUAAUAUUAUAUUAUCUUACGUACAGUACACGCGCAAAGGUUGUUAACUUGUUAGAGAAUAAUUGAUAUUAAGAAGUUCAACCGUUUCUAAAAUCUCUCGAUUAUUAAGUAAUAAUGACGAUUAAUACACUAAAUCCGAUACGAUAUGCUGUAAUAAAUAUUUCCCUAAAUGUCUUUCAGACAAAUUCAAUCAUGUUUACGAAGAAAUAUCACUAGCUUAUCUGCAAGUAACGCAAAUACAACAGUUGAUAAGGAAGAUGUGAAAAGACACAGCAAACACAUGAAGAUCUGGUGGGAUCCCAAAGGCAAGCUUGGAGUGCUUCACUCUUUUAAUAUGCUGAGAGUUCCAUUAGUAAGAGAUGGUCUUGUUAGUGAGCCAGAGAAGGAGAAAACUCUUACACCUCUGGCCAAUAAGACUAUUUUAGAUGUUGGCUGUGGUGGAGGAAUAUUAUCAGAGGCUUUGGCGAGAAUAGGCGGCGUUGUGACGGGAGUAGACGCCAGCAAAGAGUUAAUAGAGUGUGCCAAACAACACAGUGACCUCGACCUGAGGAUUACCCACAAUAAGCCCACAUACUUCUGCUCCACCAUCGAGGACCACGCCGUGGAAUACCCGAACCACUACGAUGCGGUGGUGGCCUCAGAGAUCAUCGAACACGUUACCGACAAGGAGCUCUUCGUUCAGGCCUGUGUUACCUGUCUCAAGCCCGGAGGCCGCAUCUUCGUCACCACGCCCAAUAGGAGCCCCCUUACUCGGCUGCUGGGCAUCUACGUGGCCGAGUACGUGAUGGGCAUGGUGCCCAAGGGCACGCAUCAGUACCACAAGCUCACCACGCCCAACGAGGUCUCUUUUCUGCUCGAGAGAAAUUGCUGUCACGUCGAGCUGGUUCACGGCAUGAUGUACAAUCCCUUUUCUGACAAGUGGUCUUGGGUUAAUUCCACUAAGCUCAUGUUUGCUAUGCAGGCGAUCAAGUUAGAUCCCGAACACGAAUAAAGUCCUACAAGGGUUUUUGUACUAUUUUAAUAAUAAAGUUACUGCUGUUA